AAGGGCCUCAGAAAUGCAGCAGGAGCCACUUGGGGGAAAGUUGGAACUGACUGUUCCCUGCCUGGCCGUGCCGGCGAAUUCCCUAACCGAGAAACUAUUUGUGGCGAGAGCCCGGGUGGCCGGCGAGCCCCCCGCCACCUCCCCUCGCGUCCCCUCCCCGCGCCGCCUCCCCGCGGGCCCUCGGGCGGCCUCGGGCUGCAGUGCCGCUGCCCAGCGCCCGCGAGCCGGGCUUGCCGGCGUGCCUCGCCGCUUAUCUGCGCUGUUUGGACAGCGAGGGUUGGAAAGGCAGGCGUUUCUGUCCCCGCCGAGUCAACAGGCAGACCCCGGGCCGCCGGACUAUUUCUGUCUUAUCAGUGCAGGAAUGCGGCAGCCGCGGCGGCGGCGGCGGCGGCGGCGGGCGGGCGGCGGCGGCGUGGGCCGUGGGCCGUCAGGGCAGCCCUGAAGGGGCCCCCUCCCCACUCCGCUCGAGUAGAAGUGUGAGAGAGCCCAGCAGGACUCAGAGGGGAGAGUUGGAGGAAAAAAAAAGGCAGAAAAGGGAAAGAAAGAGGAAGAGAGAGAGAGAGUGAGAGGAGCCGCUGAGCCCACCCCGAUGGCCGCGGACGAAGUUGCCGGAGGGGCGCGCAAAGCCACGAAAAGCAAACUUUUUGAGUUUCUGGUCCAUGGGGUGCGCCCCGGGAUGCCGUCUGGAGCCCGGAUGCCCCACCAGGGGGCGCCCAUGGGCCCCCCGGGCUCCCCGUACAUGGGCAGCCCCGCCGUGCGACCCGGCCUGGCCCCCGCGGGCAUGGAGCCCGCCCGCAAGCGAGCAGCGCCCCCGCCCGGCCAGAGCCAGGCCCAGAGCCAGGGCCAGCCGGUGCCCACCGCCCCCGCGCGGAGCCGCAGUGCCAAGAGGAGGAAGAUGGCUGACAAAAUCCUCCCUCAAAGGAUCCGGGAGCUGGUCCCCGAGUCCCAGGCUUAUAUGGACCUCCUGGCAUUUGAGAGGAAACUAGAUCAAACCAUCAUGCGGAAGCGGGUGGACAUCCAAGAGGCUCUGAAGAGGCCGAUGAAGCAAAAGCGGAAGCUGCGUCUUUAUAUCUCCAAUACGUUUAACCCUGCGAAGCCCGAUGCUGAAGAUUCCGAUGGCAGCAUCGCCUCCUGGGAGCUGCGGGUGGAGGGGAAGCUCCUGGAUGACGUACGUCCUGGCCCAGGUCUCUCCAGGUGUCCUGGGCCCAGCAAGCAGAAGCGGAAGUUCUCUUCCUUCUUCAAGAGUUUGGUCAUUGAGCUGGACAAAGACCUUUAUGGCCCCGACAACCACCUAGUUGAGUGGCACCGCACACCCACGACCCAGGAGACGGACGGCUUCCAGGUGAAGAGGCCGGGGGACCUGAGCGUACGAUGCACGCUGCUUCUCAUGCUGGACUACCAGCCUCCCCAAUUCAAACUGGAUCCCCGCUUGGCCCGGCUGCUGGGGUUGCACACACAGAGCCGCUCCGCCAUCGUGCAGGCCCUGUGGCAGUAUGUGAAAACCAACAGGCUGCAGGACUCACAUGACAAGGAAUACAUCAAUGGGGACAAAUAUUUCCAGCAGAUUUUUGAUUGCCCCCGGCUGAAGUUUUCUGAGAUUCCCCAGCGCCUCACAGCUCUGCUGUUGCCCCCUGACCCAAUUGUCAUCAACCAUGUCAUCAGCGUGGACCCGUCGGACCAGAAGAAGACGGCGUGCUAUGACAUUGAUGUGGAGGUGGAGGAGCCCCUGAAGGGACAGAUGAGCAGCUUCCUUCUGUCCACGGCCAACCAGCAGGAGAUCAGCGCUCUGGACAGUAAGAUCCAUGAGACGAUUGAGUCCAUAAACCAGCUCAAGAUCCAGAGGGACUUCAUGCUAAGCUUCUCCAGAGACCCCAAAGGCUACAUCCAAGACCUGCUCCGCUCCCAGAGCCGGGACCUCAAGGUGAUGACGGACGUGGCAGGCAACCCUGAGGAGGAGCGCCGGGCUGAGUUUUACCACCAGCCCUGGUCCCAGGAAGCCGUCAGCCGCUAUUUCUACUGCAAGAUCCAGCAGCGCCGGCAGGAGCUGGAGCAGUCGCUGGUGGUGCGCACCACCUAGGAGCCCCUGCAGAGGAGCACCAGGAGCACAGCAGAGGGCCUCUGGGCGGGGCCUGCCCCGCCCCCGGGCUCUGCCAUCGCCCCUCUGACGCCUUCCGGGUGAGGCAGGGGAAUGAUUAAAGCUCAUGCCUCUGA